AGAGGCAAUCUCAUGAAAAUGAGGAUUGACCCUAUUGGCUAUAAUAGCGUUAUAAAAUUCCCAAAUAUGUUGACAUGUUUUAAAAUGUGCAUUUAGCUGAUAUUUAAGCAGUUUUAUAGAAGAUGAAAAUUUUUGAACCAGUAGAUAGGAAUGGAUUCAUUGACCAUUACUACUAGCCAUAAUUAAGACAGAAAAUGUGUAUUUGCUCUAUUGUGUGUGCACUGUGUGUAUUUAAAGUAUUCUUAUAAUAGUUCUAGAGGGAGAGGAAAAGAAUCCAUGUCCUUCAUCGGUAGACACUUUCUUCAGUUGUAUUUUUCAUCAAAUGCACAGUUGGUGCAGGUGUUUGGCUUUGACUUAAAAAGAUAUAUGUAGCAUAAAGAAAUUAUCCGAGUGCCAAAAUGCAUCUAAAACAACCAGUAGAUUUUUUAGUAUAUCUGUAACUUAAAGCCCAACUGAUAUGUUUGCAAACCUUGAAAUGAGAAGUGGUUCUUUGACUGAGACCUUUUAUGCUAAAUUAAUAGCUUGGUGCUAAAUUUUGCAGCUGAGUUCUAUAAAUCACCCAGAAUAGGGGGUUGGUAAUUGAACCCCUGACAGGGCUGGCACAGUUAGCAUUGCUAUGAUGUUGUAGACACACACUUGUUGCUUUGCAAAUAACUUAAGGGCUGAACUGCAAACUCAAAUGAUUUUUAAAUGACUUAUGCUGUACUCAUUAAACACCUUCCUGAUCCAUCUUCCAUAGUAUUGUUUAUAAGUUCUGUGGAAUGUAUUUGAGGCCCUCUGUUUUGAGUCGGGUUGAAAGGCAAUAUGUUACAAAUCUCUUCUGAUGAGAAAUAACCUAUUCUAGGUAGAGUAUGAGGCCAAAAUAUUAGGCCUUGGAGCCUGAUCUUAUGCUUUCCUUAUUUGGAUAUAUUUGCUUUUUUUCUUAAAGGAACAAGAACACUCAAGGUGAAGGAUAAUAAUCUACUAGAAUCAGCACUUUGAAUGAAAUUUUGUUUCCCUGUGGCAUCUUGAACAUAUUUUUUCUUCUUUGGAUUUUGAAACAGACGUUAAACUUUGGCAUAGCAGCUAUGCAGGUUGAAAUCCAAGUAGCACUCAAUUUUAUUAUUUCAUAUUUGUACAAUAAGCUUCCCAGACGCCGUGUCAACAUUUUUGGUGAAGAGCUUGAAAGACUUCUUAAAAAGAAGUAUGAAGGGCACUGGUAUCCGGAAAAGCCAUACAAAGGAUCAGGGUAUAGAUGUAUACAUGUAGGGGAGAAAGUGGACCCAGUCAUAGAACAAGCAUCCAAAGAGAGUGGUUUGGACAUUGAUGAUGUUCGCGGCAACCUGCCUCAGGAUCUUAGUGUUUGGAUUGACCCAUUUGAGGUUUCAUAUCAAAUUGGUGAAAAGGGACCAGUGAAAGUGCUUUAUAUGGAUGAUAAUGAAAAUGGAUGUGAGUUGGAUAAGGAAAUCAAGAACAGCUUUAACCCAGAGGCCCAGGUGUUCAUGCCAAUUAGUGACCCAGCAUCUUCAGUGUCUAGCUCUCCUUCUCCUCCCUUUGGUCACUCUGCUGCUGUGAGCCCAACUUUCAUGCCCCGCUCCACUCAGCCUUUAACCUUCACCACUGCCACAUUUGCUGCCACCAAGUUUGGCUCAACCAAAAUGAAGAAUAGUGGUCGUAGCAACAAGGUUGCCCGCACUUCUCCCACCAACCUUGGCUUGAAUGUCAAUGACUUGUUGAAGCAGAAAGCCCUUUCCUCCUCCAUGCAUUCGCUCUAUGGGCUUGGCCUAGGCAGUCCGCAGCAGCAACAGCAGAAGACGUCUGCCCUUUCUCCUAAUGCAAAGGAGUUCAUUUUCCCUAACAUACAGGGUCAAGGUAGUACCAGUAGCAUAUUUCCUGGUGACAGCCCCCUUAACCUCAGUCCUCUCCAGUACAGUAAUGCCUUUGAUAUGUUUGCAGCCUAUGGAGGUCUAAAUGAGAAAUCUUUUGUUGAUGGCUUGAAUUUUAGUUUAAACAACAUGCAGUAUUCUAACCAGCAAUUCCAGCCUGUUAUGGCUAACUAAAAAUAAAACAAAUGAAAUACGAAUAAAUCCUAUUGUAUAAGUUCAAAUGCAUGUACCCAAGGGUGUAUCUUUUUUCCACUUCUUGAGACUUUUUUUUAAAGCUUGUAGUAUGAAUUCAUUCAAGCUUGGUUAGAUAAAUACAACAUGCAUCUUUUUUCAUUUGCCAGCCAAGCACAAAGUUAUUUUAUACUAACUGUACAUUAAAGAAAUAUACUCAAAAUAUGGCCUCUUACAGUAUUUAAGAUAUAGCAAGGACAUGGCUGAUUUUUAUAUAUAUAAAAAAUUGGCACUAAUAAGUGGGUUUAUUGGUCUUUUUUCUAAUUGUAUAAUUUAAUUUAGUACAAAGUUUGUAAAAUAUCAGAAUAUAUAUAUUGUUUCUACAACAUGGUAUUGCAUUUAUAUCUUUUUACUACAGUGAUCUGUGACAGCUGCAGCAGCUUCAUGUAUUUUUUUUACUGAAAUUGUAAAAUAUCAUCUUAGACAUCAAUUCUAAAAAAAAAAAAAAUUUAAAAGUGUACAGAAUAUUCCUUAGUGGUGGAAUUAAAAUGUACGAAAUUUGCUUUUUUCAAAAAGAAACACAAAUUGUAUUUUCUGUUAAAAGUUUAAAGAUUUUUGCUAUAUAUUAUGGAAGAAAAUGUAAUCGUAUAUAUUAAUUUUGUACCUACAUUGUGCAAUACUUGAAAAAAUGGUAUAAAAGUAUUUUGAGUCAGUGUCUUACAUGUUAAGAGGGACUGAAAUAGUUUAUAUUAAGUUUGUAUUAAAAUUCUUUAAAA